AUGCUAGACGUUACCAUUAACACGACGUCUGUUGAAGGCCAGAUCAUUGCUGCUCUCAAGCAGUCCGUCGACCUCCGCUACGACUAUACAGCCGAACUUCAUGCCCUGAACCCAACCCGCUCCUCGUUGACCGAACUGCAACCUCCGAUCAUGGCUCGUUUAGAAAAAUCAUGGAAAGACGCAGGCCAGACUGCGGGGGUGACGGACGACGUUUCCCUACGCAAACGGUUGGAGUUCUGGGAUCAAGUCGUGCGAAUUGGGGCAGGCGAGCCACCAAACAGCGCUGGAUUAAAGAUGCGAUUCCUCACUUUUGGCGACAGGAGCCGUAGUGAUCCUGAGCCGUUCCACCAGGAGGAACCCGAACCAGUCCAGGGGAGUACGUUGGUUGGAGAGGAAGUGCAGCUUACGCACUGGUUUGCCCCCGAUGGCACAGUCAUCCCCAGCAUGGUCACUGUCAAAGAGGACGUUGUGCCGUAUGAGGGAGAGAUGGAUGAGGACGAAGAUGUGGGAGAGGACGAAGAAGAACACGUACCUGAGCCGAACGCACCGAAGUCCAAGCCAAAGCCAAAAAUGAACAACCUCCCCGGUCUCGUCGCUUUCGGUUCGGACCCGUCUGAACCCCGCCUCCUCGGCGCCCUGAAAUCCAAGCCGAGUCGCUCUCGCUCUCUCAGCCCGAGUUUCGUCGAUUCCCGAAGCAGACGCAGAGGAGGGAGGGAGGGAGGGAGACGGUUAGCAAGGAGGAGGGAGGCAUUGAGGACACAGAGGUAG